AUGUCUGGCGGUGAUUUCCCCCACGAGAUCCAGUCUUUGUUUGAGAAACGCUACGCAUACAACAAGGACCCAACAUGGCGCCUGCCCGGCUCCACGGAGAUCCUGACUUCUGACCAUGAAGAGUUCCCCCGCCUUCUGUCCCUGAAGGAGUCCCUGAACAAAGUGAAGAACCUGCUGAGUGACAAGAAGUUGGACGAAUGGCACCGGCACACCGCUUACACCAACAAGGCCGGGAGGGUGGUCCCCGAGGUGCGCAAACAGGCCAACGCUGAGCUCUGCACUCAGGCCUGGUGUAAGUUCCACGAGAUCGUGUCCACCUACCGGCUGAUCCCCGACAGCGCCCUCUGGUACAGCGAGCUGAACAGCGUGCACCUGUGUGAGGCGCCGGGGGCUUUCAUCAGCAGCCUGAAUCACUACGUGAAGACCCGUGAGCUGCACUGUGACUGGACCUGGGUGGGCAACACGCUGAACCCGUAUCACGAGGCCAACGACGGUAUGGUGAUGAUCGCCGAUGACCGAUUCAUUGCCAACACGCUGCCGUGGUGGUUUUUCGGGCCGGACAAUACCGGCGACAUCAUGACGCUGACCUACCUAAGCGGCUUGCAGGACUUUCUCAGAAACGUGUCCGCCGUGCACCUCGUCACUGCCGACGGAAGCUUUGACUGCCAGAGCGACCCCGGAGAGCAGGAGACCCUGGUCUACCCGCUGCACUACUGCGAGGUGGUGACCUGCCUGACCAUCCUGAGCCCCGGGGGGUCCUUCGUCCUGAAGAUGUUCACUUUCCUCCAGCAUUCCUCCAUUAAUCUCGUGUACCUCCUGAAUUGCUGCUUCCGCGAGGUCCACGUCAUCAAACCGGGGACCAGCAAGGCCGGGAACUCCGAGGUCUACGUGGUCUGCCUCGGCUACAUUGGCAGCGCAGAGAUUCGGGAGCACCUGACCAAAAUGGCCGCCCAGUUUGAGGAGAAGAUCGGCAGCAAAUCCCUCUUUUCCCACAAGGACCUUCCGCCAUCCUUCCUGGAGGCUCACUCCGCGUGCUGCACCUUCUUCCACGAGUAUCAGACGCAAACCAUCCUCGAGAACCUCCGUCUCUUUUCCCAGAUGGGGGAGGGGGAGCAGGCCCACCUGGACCGUCUACGAGAGUCUGCGGUCCUCUACUACCUGCAGAGCUUUCAGAUCGCGUACAUUCCCCGCAAGCGGUGGCUGGUGAGGAAGCCGCGGGUGGGCUGCAGCCUUAACGCUCGCUGGCUGGGCGCAAGGAAUCGCCGGACGGACACUUACAACGAGAGGAAGCAGCUGGAGGCCCUGACGUGGGAGGAGAAGGUCGCUCGCGGCUACUUCAGUUCCUGGUUGGAGGACCACGUACAAGGCGUCGCCAGCAACGGCUGCCUCCUGGAAGGUUCCAGAGCCGGGCUCCGGCACGACGACUGGUACGUGCUUCGGGGCCGGCGGCUCACCAGGAUCCAGAGCUCCUCGUUUUGUGACAGCGAACUCCUGAAUACCUUCAAUGAAACCAUUGAGAGUUGUCGGGGAGGGGAGGCCGGCUCGCUGCCGGGGUGCCCUUCCUGUUCUCCGCAGCUGCUGGACAGUUUGGUGUCGGAGGUUCUCUGCCGAGCGGACGACGGGCACCAUGUCCUGGUGAUCGGGGCGUCUCCGCUGUUCGAUGCGCUGAGACGGAGGCACGUGGCGGCGGGCUUUGUGGAGUCUUCUGCCCCUCAGCAGCCCCUCUCCGUUCUUCACGACGGAGAUCCCCAUUACCAGCGGCAGUUGUUUGACUCCGUCCUCUGCGCUUUGCGGCAGUUGCCGAGCGGCGGCACCUUGGUGCUGCCUAUCCUGUCCUCCCUGACACGCUUCACGGCCGGGGUUGUGUAUGUAUUGUAUCAUUGCUUCAAGGUCAUUGGCUUCUCCUGCCCCACCAAAGAUCUUACCCCGGGCACCAGUGCUGUACUCCUGUGUUGGGGGUACCACCCUCUGCCCCGGCCGGUUUACCAGCGCCUCCAGCAGCUACUGACCGACCCGGCGCUGACCGCCGGCGGGACGCAGCAGAUGCUUGAGUUCAUUCCCAUGGAGGAGCUUCUGACGGGCCCUUUCCUGGAGUUCCUGUGGGACCUGAAUGCCGUUGUCAUCAGGCACAAGCUGCAUCUAAUGGCCCUCCGAGAAAACCAAAAGGUGCUGCGGAAAACCGGCCAAUCGCAGACCGCCGUUACCGCGCCCGACACAGGAAUGGAGCACGGGGUCCCGCAAUGA